AUGGCGAAUCGAUCGAGGACGUCUGCGCAUCGCAAGCCACAGAUACAUCAGCUUAGUAUACAACAACAAAGAAGAGCUCGGCAUCUUGUGGCUCUUGUUCCGAAGCCGGGGGCAAAAUCGGAUUUGGAUGACAGUGAAUCAUCUGCUGAGGAUGAAUUGCAGUACUGUCCCCGCCCAACGCACUCCGACAGCAGUUCACCGCCUCCAUCGUUGCCAUCUUCGAUAGAAAAUCUAAAUCUUUUAUCAGAUGACGACAAUGAGAUAAAUCAAGUGGUUGCUUCAACAUCUUUGGUGCUACACUCACAGUCAUCGCUGUCAACCAACCCAUGUUCACCAUCAAUUUUAUCGUCCAACCCAUCCGCAAUAAGGCAGCUUCAGUGUGCUGAGGCAAGUCCUUUGUCUCCGGUACCACCUUUAUUAGAUCAGGUAUGUUUACCAUCUCCAUUGGCAACCUCCUCGCAAAAACAUUCACCAUUGGCAACCUCUUCCCAAGUACCUUCACCACUGGCAACCUCCUCGCAACUACCUUUACCACGAGCCAGUAACUUGACGUGUCAUAACCAGGUACCGUCUCCAUUGUUUGCACCUUCUCCCUCAGCGGCUACUCGAUCAAAAAGACCUAGAGUGGUCACGAUAAAACGAAAAGUAAUACCUGCUAAAAGAUUACAACCUAAUUGGCGUUGCUGUAAGUUUACCGGUUCUGCAGAAGUGAAAGAUAUCUCGUUUGAGCCACGUGAAGAGAAGUGUGCCAUUGAAUAUUUCAAGCUGUUCUUUUCAGAUGACAUCAUCUCUCUCAUAGUGCAACAAACACAUAUCUAUAGCACGCAGACAAAUGGCAGCUCAAUAAAUAUCACAGAAGAUGAUAUCAAAGAUUUUCUGGCGAUCCUUUUAUUUACGGGGGUCGUUAAAAUGCACGCUUAUACAGAUUAUUGGUCCAAAAUUCUACGAUACGACAAAGUAGCAGAUAUAAUGACUCUGAAGAAGUUCCAGUUACUGAGGCGAUAUAUACAUUUCAAUGAUAAUUUUAUUGACGACGACGAUAGAUAUCACAAAGUUAGACCACUUCUUCAAAAAAUCCGUGAAAAUUGUCUAAAAGUAGAAGAAGAGUCGCGUUUCAGUAUUGAUGAAAUGACGGUUCCACAUAAAGGAACUAGAGCAGGCAGCCGUAAGCAGUAUGUAAAAAAUAAACCGAAAAAAUGGGGAUUCAAAAUAUUUGUUCGCGCUGGUGUCUCUGGAAUAGUUUACGACUUCCUGAUCUACGGAGGAGACGACACAUUUAGAUUUAACUCAUUCACAGAUGAAGAAAAUGGUAUGGGCCUGGGAUCAAAAGUAGUUCUUGCGCUAGCGAAAUCCAUUCACCAGCCUGCAUGCAAAGUCUUAUGCUUUGAUAACUUCUUCACUUCUAUUGAGCUCCUGCAAUAUUUACGUAACGAAUACGGGAUUUUCGCACUGGGAACAAUCCGAUCAAAGAGGCUUCGAGGAGCGGAAAAAAAAUUACCCACGGAUAAAAAUCUAAAAAAAAGCGGCAGAGGAUCUCAUGCACAAGUCGUAUGCAACAAAAACAAGAUCGUUGUCGUCAAAUGGUACGAUAACAAAUGUGUCACAGCUGCAAGCACAUUUGUAGACGCGCAUCCUAUCCAGAAUGUGGUUCGUUACAAGAAAGCACAAGGAAGAAAAAUGCCAGUGACAUGCCCAAAUUUGAUAAAAGAAUACAACACCGACAUGGGCGGAGUUGACCUGGCAGAUAUGCUGAUUGCUCUGUAUCGUACACCAUUCCGAGGUCAUCGCUGGUAUUUACCGAUCUUCUCGCAAAUGCUUGAUAUUUGUGUGAACAAUGCCUGGCUUCUCUAUCGACGUCAUAGAGAAGCCAGGCAUGAAGCCAAAAAACCCAAGUCGCUAAAAACAUUUCGAAUAAAAAUUUUCGAAAGCUUACGCAGAUUUGAGAGAACUAAUACAAGCAAUAUCAGCAGGACUAGCGUCAGCUCAACCAAGACCAUACAGAGACCUGUAGCUGAAAGACCCCCAGAUGCUGUUCGGUAUGAUCAAGUUGCACAUUAUCCAAAUGUCACACCUAUCAGAGGGAGUGCCGCAAAAAUCACCGAACUACCAGGAGCGCAGAGCCCGCGAAGAGGUCAGUGGUCAAAACUUGUAUCUGAGCGGGAGACCCACUGUAAGAGCGAGAUAACUAUACUUUACUCUGCACCUGCUACGCCUCCGCGGCGCUGCCGCUGGUGCUACGCCGCUCGCGCUACGCCGCUCGUGCUACGCCGCUCGCACUACGUCACCAACGCUACGCGGCUACACGCCGACCCAACGCUACGCAGUGCGUAUGCGGACCUUUGCUACUUUGCUACUAUGUCCACCCAACGCACUCCUCCAAAGGAUCUGAAAAUUCCCUCAAAAUCUUUAAACAAUACCCUGACCAUGUAUGGCUCAGACCAACUAAGCAAAUCCGAGCUAGAGGCCGAAGAAACCACUGAUUUCGUUUUUCGCAGAUUAAAACGAAAAUUGGCAACCAAUGAAAAAAAUAUGCCUGAAAAAGACUUGUUACUUGAUCAGAUUAAAGAGAUUUUCGCCGCCCAAGAGUCGAAAAAUAAUUCAAAAUUUGAAAAGCUCUUUGCGUUCAUGAUGGACAUCAAGGAUCAAAAUGCAGAUAUUCAGAAGAGCAUUGAAUUUCUUUCUUCUAAAUACGACGAUGUGCUUGAGAAUAUGGCACAGCUAGAACAGAAAAACAAGGUUUAUGAGAUAAAAAUUUCAGAACUCGAACAAAAAGUUGAACAGCUGGAACGCAACUCUCGAGCAUCUGCCAUUGAAAUCAGGAAUAUUCCUAAACAAACUCCGGAAAAUAAAACAUCACUGCGAAGCAUGGUUAAACAGGUAGGAGAAAUAAUCGAACAAACAGUGACAGACUCUGACAUUCAAGAUGUUUACCGCCUGAAAACAAAAAAGGAAUCAAACAACCACAUAGUCGUGAAUUUUACUACGACUUCAUGCAAAGACGGCUUCAUUAAACAAUGCAGGAACUUCAACAAAGCCCAUAAGGACAAUAAAUUAAACACCACUCACCUGAAUGUGGCUGGACCCUCUCAACCAAUCUACAUUGAUGAAUCGCUGACAAAUCUGGGGAGGAAGCUAUCGUUCCUUGCAAGACAAUUCGUAAGAGACAACCACUACCACAGCACUUGGACCUCAUAUGGAAAAAUAUUUAUUAGAAAAUCGCAAGAAUCACCGGCUAUUCGAAUUGAUUGCGAAGAGGACCUGAAACAGCUCAUCGCAAGCUCCAAG